AUGGGGGGCGAGGAGACCGCGACGCGGACGAUCGAGGAUGUGCAGAGCGAGGACGCCGCGUUCCGCGCCGCUGAGGCCACCGCGCCGCCGAUGGACCCCGCCGAGGAGGGCGCCGCGCUGAAGGGGAUGCUGUCGGACGCGGGGACGUGCGAUCGGUGCGGACGCGUCGCGGCGGCGAGGUGGGGCGCCUGCGCGUCCGUCGCCGAUGCGGCUCGCGCGAUGGGCGACGAGGAGCUCGGGGUUAAGAUAGGACGGGUGGUGGAGGAUCUCGACGCCGCGCACCUGCGACCGACGAGCAUACGGAAGAGGCUGGACGACGGCGUGGACGCCGCCUGCCACGGCGUGGUCACCCUCCUCACCAACCUCAAGUAA